AUGUCUUCCACCACCCAAACCAGAUUCCUCAUCAUCUCCGACACUCAUGGCCACACAUUCCCACCUGAAAUGAUGCCUCGUGAACCGACUGAUGUCCUGAUCCACUGCGGCGACCUCACACAGCACUCAAAAAUGGACGAAUUCCGCCAAACUCUCGACAUGCUCAAGUCGUUCAAAGCACCACUCACGCUCGUCAUCGCAGGUAACCACGACUUCUCACUCGAUCCCGUAGCAUUCAAAGCGAAAGUUGAGGAAGCCAAUCGUAUCAAUGGCGCACCACUUGGAGCAGACCUGCUUGAACGGGAGUAUGGCGGAUACGGACUGGCUAGGAAGCUCUUCGUCGAUGCCAAAGAGGACGGCAUCGUUCUCCUGGACGAGGGUACACACGAACUGACUCUGGCAAACGGCACAAGGCUCAAGGUCUACGCUAGCCCGUACACGCCAUCAUCCUCAUCAUCUGAAGGCUGGGGCUUCUCGUAUAACGAAAGCGAGGGACAUGACUUCCAAAUCCAGGCCGACACGGACAUCGUCAUCACUCAUGGUCCGCCGCGUGGGAUUAUGGACAUGUCUGCGAAUAAGAAGCGUAUCGGCUGUUCGGAUCUGUUUGCUGCGGUUGCAAAGUCUCAACCUCGUUUUCACUGUUUCGGACAUGUACACGGUGGUUGGGGAGCAAAGGACGCAGCUUGGCGCCCGAAGAUUUCCGACAAACCCUCACAUUUUAGUGAUAUUAAUCACGAAAAGUCUCAGCUUAUUGAAAGUCUCGCAACGCUCGGGGGUACCCGGUUCGAAUCUGAAGAAGACAAGAAGGUUAGAGAGAUGAGACUCGACGUAUGCAGAGCGCAGCGAUACUGUAGUGCAGGACACCUUCGCAACAAUCUGAGCUCGUCGGAGGUCAAGAGCACCAUGUUCGUAAACGCCGCGCUCGAGGUGGAUGGUGAGUUGGAACGCUAUCCCUGGAUCGUGGACAUCGACCUGCGGAGGAGCGAAACCGGCAUAGCACCCGGAACUGAGAGAAAGAGGCGGCGGGAGGAAUCGACUGAAGAGCUUGACGAAGCAAGGAAACUCUCGAAAAGAUCAUAG